ACAAUCUCGAUUUUUCGUGGAAUGCUAAAAAUGUAAAUUCUUUGUAACAAUCAAGAUAUUUAGAAUUUUACUUGAAAGAAAACCUUGAGAGAUCAGAGUAUUAGUAAAUAUUUAAGAGAGGUAUACUGUGUGAACGACCUGGAUAACAGCUGAUAUAUCAGAAUGGAACACUUCAUAAUAGUUGUCACAAGUUUUUACUUAACUGGUUUAUUGAUUGGCAUGGUUGGUGGCACCAAUGAAUUUAGAUAUACAACGCAUAAAAAUAUUUCUGUUGGAAGAUCAAUGAAUACCAGCAUGUGUGGCGUAUUUGCCCUUACAGAAGAUGGACAAACAUUCCAUAUCUCUUCCGAUGGAUAUCAUAUCAACCCUCCGUGCUCCAUAUAUCUCGCCGGUGUGAAUAGAGUUAACAGCACUUACAGAUUUUCCGGCAUGUGCUUUAAAAUGUCAGAUAUUGCAUUACCAUGUGACAAAAACGAUACAAUUAUUAUAAGAGGAUGGUCGUUGGAUAUCCGUUAUCAAAAUCAGUCAGUAUCUCUGUAUAUAAAUCAAAGCAUGCUGAUUACAGAAAAAACCUUAAGAUGUGAUAAUAAACAAGAUUUUACAAUGAACUAUGAAUUCUGUGGGGAGAAAGUAUCGAUGUUAGAGAUAUUAUUUUACAGUCGAAACAAGCACUUCUCUGUGUUACCGAAAACUACUGUACAUACGCGCGCAAUAAUGGUGUCAAUGUAUCCGGCCUUAAGUUUACAUGCUAUGGACACAAUGAGUAUACAGAUGAGUCAAUGCAGAUGUGAUGAUCCCAACUGUAGGACAUGUAAACCAACAGCACACGAUAUGUAUAUUGAAUUCCUUGAUAGAGUCAUUACGAUUGGCAGAAAUAAUAAUAAUAAUAAUAAUGAUAAAGAUAAUGAUGCCGACAAGCAAAAUAUCGGGGAAAAAAGCAGUUCUGCUAUAGUUGAUCUGAAUAUUCUGCUACCUUCUCUGUUUGGUUCAAUGGCAACUCUUGGAGGAGCAAUUAUAGGAGCCAUAACAUGCAGAAAUAAGGGAAGAAAAGCAGAAGACAAAGUGACAUUUAAAAGAUUGUCAACACACUGAUGAGUUAAAGAAGAGGAGAAGACAGUCGUAGAUCCCAAUUUUUACUUCAUACAGCUAAAAACAAUGAAAAUAGUAAGUGACAAUCACUCAAUAUUCAUGGUAUUGGAAAAGAAAUGUACAAACUUUAACCAAUUUAACAUUUGUGUAUUAAAACAUAUCUCUUUAGUAUGUACAUGAGGCAUUUUACAAUAAACUGAUUUUGAAUUAUUUUAAGAUAACUGUUUGAUCAAAUGUUAUUUUGCACUUAUAGUAAGCAUGUACUACUGGUAUGACACAACUAAAAAAAACUUAUAUGCAUGUGUCCACCCCUUUAUAUUUACAUUCACGUAUUUGCGACAGAUAGGUUAGAUGAGAGAAGUAAAAGAAAACAUGUAUUUGAUGAAAUUUUGUUCUCAAGACAUGAUUUUGAAGAAUUAUAUUUUCUGAUGACAAUAACUUGCUAAAUUCCAGUUUUUAAUUAAAGAUAUCAUUUAAUGAGAAAGUAGUCUCAUCAUUUUUUUAAUCAAUUUGUCAUUUGCAAAAUAGCAAAAUAGACUUUAUUUUCAUAAAAUAUUUUUCGUUUUCACCGGUAUUUACCUCGAAGUUUCCUUUACAGAUCAUUGCAAAAAUAAAAAUAACCCAUCUUGAAAUUGUACCCAUGUUCAGUUAGUUAUUAAACUACUAUUAAAUAUUACCGAUAUAAGAGCGAUCAAGGAAAAAAAAGAAAUAAAAGCAAUGAAUUGUAUUUGUUAUUACAUGGUCAAUAGUAUGGGUUUAAGACAUUCAAAAGGUAUUUACGAGUGAAAGUCAAAAUAAUGCUAAGUCGUCAAAGACUGGUCUACUUUGUGUAGAGAAUAUGUUAUAUGCAGUUAGUUUUUUAAGCAAUUGAAAACUAGAAAGUGGCUCUGCGUUGUGCGUCUCGUGUGUCUUUGUAUAUUUCAGGUAAUUUAUGUUGUUUGAACUUUAUCAUGUUUGUGUAGGAAAUUUUUCUUCAUGAUUGCUAUAAAUUCGAUCUACAGGAUCUUACAAUGUAUUUUAGAUUCGUAAUUAAAACAUGUUCCAAUAUAAUAUUCACUUUACGUAUUAUUGUGUAUGCAUUAUGUGCGCUUAGUUAAAAAGUAACGACUGAUCAGUUAAAUUAGCAAAUUUAAUUUUUUUCUUGAUAAUUGUGUUUUUAUGAUAACUAUGUUUGUAGAUAUUUUUUAAAUAAACAAAAUAAAUGUA